UUUACUACAGCAUGUUCAAGCAGUGCUGAACCAGGUCAGGAGUGGCAAGCGAAUCUUGGAUAGCUACAGUACCAUUCACCUUUACUACAAAACAAAACCUCAGGAGAAGAUGUGGGCUCAAUCAGAAAGUAGUCCAGAAGUUGAGGACAUGGACAUCUCAGACAUGCCUGUUAUGACAGAUUACAAAACAAAUCCAUGGCAUUGGUUCUACCUGGACACGAGGGGAACGUGGCACAUGUUUGAGAAUGAUCACAUGGAAAGAAACUCUCUGACCAGUCAGGACAUUGAAAGGUAUUACACAAGAAAUCCUAAAGGAGUCUUACAGAUAUCCACAUCCAAGGGCAUCAACAAGCUGGAUUUCACUGAGAUGGUUCUGACUGACAUCAAAACAAGGAAGCAGACGCCAAUCAAACGAUCCAACAACACUCACAACACUGGGAAUAGUGGAAGAUGCUCUUGUGUGAGUCCAGUGCCCACACACUGGCAAGCGGUGGACCCCAAAUACCCCUAUCAGGUGUUCUGUCUGAAGAGAGACACAGCUGAAUAUGAUUAUGUGGCAGGCUGCUUAAAGGAUGGGGAACUAGACAGACGCAUCAAAUCCAUCUGUAGAAUACAGAACCUGGACCUCUGGGAGUUUUACUGUAGGAAAAAGAUUCAGUUGGGAAGGAUUCAAGGUGUUACAGAGGUCAAGGAGGAGAAGCUGUUUCAUGGAACAAAAGUCAGCAACGUACACUCAAUUUGUACAUACAAUUUUGACAACAGGUUAGCUGGUAUCAACGGCCAUAUUCUUGGAAAAGGAACCUACUUUGCAAGAUUUGCCUCAUAUGCAGAUAAGUACAGUCCAUGGAACACUGAUCCAGUACCUCUGUUUGGUGAGGCACCACAAGGCUUCAGUAGCCAAAAGACCAAAACAAUGUUUCUGUGCAAGGUGAUAGUUGGGAAAACUACACUGGGAAAGACAGAUUACCUCAAGCCUGAUGACAAAAGUGCUAUCAACUUCCAUGACAGUUGUGUGGACAAUGUCAUGUAUCCCAGAAUUUUUGUCAUAUUUGAUCCCAAUCAGAUAUAUCCAGAGUACUUAAUUCAGUACUAUUGAAAUAAAGAUGGAGACCGAGUGACCUACAAUGAGUUGCCAUGUGCAAUAUGAACUGUCAGCCUGUCAUUGGAAUAUGUUAUUUUAAACAGUGGUCCAUUCUCAAUGGAAAUCAUUUCUAGUACGAUGGAUUGUGUAAUAGGCUAUUGCGGUGGUGUCGGAAUAGGGCGGCGCUCGGGGGCUGUGGGUGUUUGAGUGAGAAAGACAAGGAGGAGAACCAACGAGUCAACACAGCCCUCGUCAUUAUCUACGCAUUGUGCCGACAACAUGAAAGAGCCAUUCCAGACUCUGACGCAGGAGGAUUUUGAAAGUUAGGUGUUAGCCAGACUCGUUAGCCUUCAGUAGGAAAGGUUGUGGCCUAGUAAAAAAAGAUUUUCAGAGCACUGGCAGUAGAGGUCGCUGUUGACCUUGAUGCGCACCUGUAGGCCCCUUUCCAUGUUUGAAGAUGAGAUGCUAAAAUGCUCUAUUUCUGUCGACUCAGGGCAGUCACUCCGCUGUACUGGAAUGGAAUUAAAACUUUGAAUGAAUCAAAUGAA